AUGCUUCGUUUGUCAACGUUUUGCAUUCUACUGGUGGCGACUUUCGCCCAGAAUGGAUAUGAAUACAACAAGCCGGGCCAGCCGUUCAACCAAGGAACCUCACCAAGCCGUCCAGGAUUUCCGUCAGAUGGUAGAUACCCAACGUCGCCCACAGCAUCGUCUUAUCCCGCUCAACAGAACGAGUACUCCAAUGUAGGCCAGGGUUCUACACCAGGAUACCCAUCUGGGCCCUCCCAAUAUCCUUCGGGUAGCGGUUUCCCCGGCCAAAACGGACAAAAUUAUCCAGGCCAGUCACCAAACUAUCCCGAUCAAAAUGGACAAGCGCCUGGUCGUCCGGGAACAUCAAAUGGUGGGCUAAGCAGACCCGGUUUUGGAACACCCGGUAUCGGCCCCGCCGCACCGGGCUUUGUACCUAACGUUCCUGGAUUCGGCCCCGGUACCCCUGGUUUUGGCCCAGGUAGCCCCGGCUUUGGAAUUGAUGACACUGGAGCGUAUGACGGCGGUGAUUAUUCCGCUAUUCCCGGCGAACCAGACAAAGAUUACCCAAUACUCUCCGAGAUACCAGAAACAUCAUUUAGCUGCGACGCACAGCCUUAUCCGGGAUACUACGCGGAUGUUGAAACUCGCUGCCAGGUCUUCCAUGUUUGCUCUAAUAACAUAACUUACGACUUCCUCUGUCCCAAUGGAACGAUCUUCUCCCAGGAAGUCUUUGUUUGCGUCUGGUGGAAUCAGUUUGACUGCAAUACUGCACCGAGCUUCUACGAACUGAACGCAAAUCUCUAUGACUACUCCAUAACUGGGUCAACUGGCGCCUUGGGCGGUGUACCUGACUUUUCGCAGCAGCAGGGUCCUUCCUAUCCCGGCACCAAUGGGCCACGGGGUCCAUCAAAUUACCCGGAAGUAUCAAGACCCGGUUUCCAAGGACCUCAAAGACCAUCAGGCUAUCCCAGUGGCCCAGGAUCCCAAGGACCAUCCUCUUCCUACCCUAGCAGCACUGGGCCACAGGGGCCAUCUAUAAAUUAUCCCAAUGGCCAAGGAGCACAGGGUCCCUCAGGACCAUCUGGCCCACAAGGCUCGUCAAACACUUACCCAAAUCAACAAGGAAUCUCAUCUUCCUUCCCCGGCUACCCAGGCCAACAAAGCGCUUCACCUUCCUUCGCAAAUCAGCAAGCACCUACAUCUUCUUACCCUGGCCAACAAGGCCCAUCUACUUACCCUGGCCAACAGGGCCCAUCUACUUACCCUGGCCAACAGGGCCCAUCUACUUACCCUGGCCAACAGGGCCCAUCUUCUUACCCUGGCCAACAGGGCCCAUCUCCUUACCCUGGCCAACAGGGCCCAUCUACUUACCCUGGCCAACAAGGCCCAUCUUCUUACCCCGGCCAACAGGGAGGCUCUUCCACCUUCCCCGGAAGUUCCGCAUACCCAAGCUCAACCGCAUCUCAGGGUCUGACUAGUUCGACAGGGUCAAACUAUCCAGGUUCUCAAGGUUCACCAAACUUUCCCGGAAGUAGCCAAGGUUACCCAUCAGUGGUUUAUUUUGUGGCCUGUUGUGUCUAUUUCCGACUCAAGAAACUUCCUGACUAUGUCAUGAUCAUGAAA